CAGCGGAGCAGUACAACAAUGUCCGCAUCUUCUUCUCUCACAAACUCAUGGCCUGUGACUUUCUUUCAGGAGAAGCCAUCUUUUACAAUAAACAUGGAGAAGAGGUCAGGACAAAGGUGGACCUGAUUGUAGGAGCUGAUGGUGCCUACUCCAGGGUGAGGAAGCAGAUGAUGAAGCUGAACAGAUUCGACUAUCAACAACAAUACAUACCUCAUGGCUACAUGGAGCUGAACAUCCCACCAGGCAAAGAUGGCCAGUUUGCCAUGGAGGUCAACUACUUGCACAUUUGGCCGAGACAUGAGUACAUGUUGAUUGCCCUACCUAACGUGGACAAGUCAUACACAACCACCUUGUUCAUGCCCUUCGAGAAGUUUGAGUCCAUCACCAGUGAGCAGCAACUGCUGGGCAUGUUUCAGCGGGAGUUUCCAGACUCCCUUCCUCUGCUGGGCCAGAAGCAGCUGGUUGAGACAUUUUUCUCCUCGACACCCCAGGCUAUGGUGUCAGUAAAGUGCCAUCCCUACCAUGUGAAAGGUCAAGCUGUUUUGCUGGGAGAUGCAGCUCAUGCCAUGGUGCCUUUUUAUGGACAAGGAAUGAACUGUGGUUUGGAAGACUGCAUUGUAUUAAAUGAAAUCCUGGACAAAUAUGGCGACGAUUUUGAAAAAGCAUUGCCAGAAUACACACAAUUACGGCACCCCGAUGCUGUUGCUAUUUGUGAACUUGCAAUGUACAAUUACAUUGAGAUGCGCUCCAAGGUCACCACCAGGUCAUUUUGGUUGAGGAAACAGUUGGACAAUUUUCUCUACUGGCUCUUUCCCAGUACAUGGGUGCCUUUGUACACAAUGGUCUCCUUCACCAGAAUCCCCUAUCACCAGUGUGUGCUGCACAGGAAAUGGCAGGACAGGAUGUUGACCCUGGGACUGGGCACAGCCGCAGCAGCUACAGGAGUAGCACUGGUGGCCACCUGGUACACUUUAGGCCACCAAGGUCACAUCUUCAGUAACCUCCAGUUACCUGUCUCCUUGACAACAACGAUGAGCCAAGUCCAGCAGUGGCUCCACAUUUAG